CCUCUGAACAGGGUGUGUCAACAGAUUGGUGUGUGUUACAGAAGUGAACGGGGCAUAAACAAAGCUGUUAUUUUGUGUUUUUGUAACGUUAUGGGUUAAAGGGUGAAAUAGAAGUGGGAUCGGUAAAAGGAAAUGAGCUGCAAAAGCUGACUAAGUUUAACCGAAGAAAAGGCACAAAAGUUUUGUUAUCGUUGAAGUUACUGAAGUUGUCUUGCUCUCCUCGUUCACAAUGGGAUGUUGUAGCAGCACAGAGAGCAAACGUGACUGGAAACCGCUGGAGCAGCGCCGCUGCACGGAUAUCCCAUGGCUCAUCAUAUUCACAUUGUUUUGUAUUGGGAUGGUGUGUAUUUGUGGCUUUUCCAUCGCCACAGGAGGUGCCUCCCGAUUUAUCUCAGGAUAUGACAGUUAUGGAAACACCUGCGGCCAGAAUAACACCAAGAUCGAGGGAGUGCCCCUCAGUGGCCGCAACAUGAAAGAAAACAAGUAUGUUUUCUUUCUAGACCCUUGCAACCUUGACUUAGUUAACAGGAAGAUCAAGUCCAUUGCCCUGUGUGUCUCCAAAUGUCCUGCUACUGAACUGACGACAUACAGCGAUUUAAAGCAGUUUGCUCUGAAUAAUGGAUCUGAACUCUGCUCCUAUGAUAUUUCUCCUACAAGAUACCCAAGCCAUUCAGAAAGGUCCACUAAAUGCCCCAAACUCCCUGUUCCACCAAGUAAGUCUGUCCCACUGUUUCACCGCUGUGUUGCUGUGGAUAUCGACUGUUAUGCUGAAUUUGCCCAGGCAUUCAUCACAUUUGUCAGCGACAACACUGUGCUGCGCCGGGUCGUCACAGGGGUGAUGGCUAGCAAGGAUAUUAUCAUGGGUCUCUGUGUGCUGGCCUUAGUUCUGUCCCUGAUCAUGAUGGUUGUCAUUCGUUACAUCUCCAAAGUACUGGUAUGGAUUUUGACGGUUCUGGUAGUCGUCGGGUCUAUAGGUGGGACAGCAGUCCUCUGGUGGCUCUAUGUGGACCACAGGACUGCCGUUAACAAUAGCACCAUAUCUGUGAGUGGAAAAGAAGUGGCCUUAGACAAUGUGAAGGCCCUGCUUGUGUAUGCAGUUGGUGCUACAAUUUUCACGGUAGUUCUCCUGAUAGUGAUGUUCUUCAUGAGGACACGUGUGGCUCUCACCAUCUCUCUGUUCCAUGUGGCUGGUAAAGUGUUCAUCCACCUUCCCCUGCUGGUCCUUCAGCCUUUCUGGACCUUCCUCUGCCUCAUGCUCUUCUGGGUCUACUGGAUGGCUGUGCUCCUCUCUCUUGGGACUUCAGGGACCCCGGUAAAGAACAACUCUACAGGUGUGGUUGAAUAUCAAAUGCAAGGCCCUCUUCAGUACUUGGUGUGGUAUCACGCUGUAGGACUCAUCUGGAUCAGUGAGUUCAUUCUUGCCUUCCAGCAGAUGACCAUUGCUGGUGCUGUGGUCACCUACUACUUCACAAGGAAUAAGUCCCAGAUGCCAGCAACUCCCAUCCUCUCCUCCAUGGUGCGUACCAUCCGUUACCAUCUGGGUACUCUGGCCAAAGGCUCCUUUAUCAUCACGCUUGUUAAGAUACCUCGUCUCAUCCUAACAUAUAUUCACAGCCAGCUCAAAGGAAAGGAAAACGCCUGCGCUCGUUGCAUGCUGAAAGCUUGUGUCUGCUGUUUGUGGUGUCUUGAGAAGUGUCUCGCGUACUUAAAUCAAAAUGCAUACACUGCCACAGCCAUCAACAGCACCAGUUUCUGCACCUCUGCCCGUGACGCUUUCCUUAUCCUGGUGGAGAAUGCUCUCCGAGUGGCUGCCAUCAACACUGUGGGCGACUUUGUCCUCUUCAUGGGAAAGGUGCUUGUAGUCUCCUGCACAGCCUUUGCUGGCGUCCUGGCUCUGAAUUACCAGAGGGACUACACAGUGUGGGUCCUGCCUCUCCUCAUUGUCUGUCUGUUUGCCUUCCUGGUGGCUCAUUGCUUCCUUUCUGUCUUUGAGAAUGUGGUCGACGUUCUCUUCCUCUGCUUCGCUGUGGACUCCAAGUAUAAUGAUGGUAGCCCUGGACGCGAGUACUACAUGGACAAGGAAUUAAUGGAAUUUGUUGAGAACAGUAAAAAAAUGGGUUCGUACAAGCCAGGUGAUGGAGAUGGACGGGAGUUAAAGUCCAUGACUCGUGGAGGGACUCUUGCUUGACCAAGUCGGAAAGACUGCCAAAACUCCAAAGCUUAACUCAGAGUUUACCAACAUUUUACUCCAGGGACAUCACUAAGAUUUACUUCAUCCAGAAGCUACACACAGUCUCACUAAAAGAUGCAUUGGGUUUUAUUUUUUUAUUUUUUGUAUAGAAAGAUUGAUUGCAAAUUUAAAGUUUGACAUUAAUAACUUCAAUAUGACAUACUUUCCUUUUGUGUUUUUUGUGAGUUUGUUAUGCUAUUAAUAGGUUUUUUCCUAUAUAACUUGAGUUUUCUCUUUUACUACAUUUUAAAUAAUAUGAACGAUUUAACAUGGUUUAACAUUUUUUGUUUUUGUUACAUAAUUAUUUUUAGCUAAAGUGUGGUGUACAUUUUAAAAAGGCUGUCCAAGUUGUUUUUUAACUUCUCAAAUUUUAUACUUGAAUAAAUUAAAACAGACUUUUA